CCAUUUUCCAAUGUAUGAUCUUGUCUGACACAAAUAGGUAAAAUCUACAUUCUAAAUCUGCUGCUAUGACAUGUCUGAAUUUCUUUAUUUGCAUUCAAGGUAUUUGAAACGAUGCCUUUCGAAGUUGACCAGACGAUAAUCGAGAAGUAUACACACCCACCAACCUGUACAGUUGAAGAAGUAUUUAAAUCACCUAUAAAAACCCAAGUGAAUGUGAAAGGCAUUCUCAGAAAAGCAUCUGACAUAAUGGAAUCUCCAAACAGUGUACGCAGGGAGGUCACUCUUGAAUCCCUUGAGGGCUCAAGUCGAAUUGUAUGUAAAUUAUGGGGAGAAAAGUCGGAUGCACCUUUGCCCCCUCCCGAAAACAUCAUUAUCAUAUCCAAUAUGGAAGUUUCUUCAUAUCGUGAUGUCUUGCAACUCAACUCAACAAUAUUGACAUCAAUUCAGGAGACAACAGAGGACAUUGAAUUUACUGGGGAAAUUGAGGGUGUCGAUUUCAGGAAAGAUUUCAGCUACAUUAUUGUAGCAUCUAUGUCUACAGAACCACCACCUUGCUUGAAAAUAAGAACGGACCAGCUUGACAGAAUCUUUCCAUCACAAAAAUUUAAACCAGGCAUUUUCGUUAAAGGGACAGCUAAAGGACUUACAGUUGUUGAAAUGAAAGAAUAUAACCCAAAUAAAAAACCAAGAACAGAAUAA